CACCACCCAACGCUGCGCUGCCCAGUACCGGUACCUGAGCCAGGCAAGAUGACGGAGACUGCUAGUUUCGCUGCGGCUCGUUCCACAGCCGCCAGCCUCCCAGGCAAAACGCUCGCAGGUGCAGCGCCUCCCUCCAUCACCGGCCCCUCGUCGAACCUGCACUCGCAUCGCCAGAGCCACAAUUCCUCCAAGCUGCCGUCCUUUCGCUUUGCCGACAUCAAGAACGCCCCGAACGCUGCCGCGCAACCGUCGUCUUCGUCCUCGUCCUCCAGGCAGCCCCAGCACCAGCACCAGUCGCUGCCGCUCUCCCCCCGACGCCUCGCGCCCCCUGCGGCCUCGAUCGAUUCGCAUCUCGACCGGCGAGAGUCCAGGACGCGACCCGACUCCCUCAACAAGAUCCUCGCCUCCUCUGCCACCGCGCGCAACCGCCAGUCGCUGCCCGCGCCCGAGAAGCCAGCCUCGCCGCCGCGCCCCAGUCUGCGCCCUCGAGCCUCGUACCAGACGUCAGUCAAGGCCAUCGUCGAGCAGGAACGGAGAGUCAGGCGCCCCGUAUCCUUCCCCGACGGCCUCGCCGACGAAGCUGCGCAGGCCAAGCUCUCUAGCCUCGCGCGCACCUCGUCGCUCAAGCAGAGCACCCGCCGGCUGCCGGCAUCUCGCACAACAUCAAACGCCAACGGCAGAGUGACGCCCGACGGCCCGCGAACGUCACUCAGCACUCGCCAGCCCGCCAUCGAAGACGCCGUAUCGCCGACCACACGAGUUGCCGCCGACCCUAAGCCGCUCGGUCUGAGGUUGCGGGCUCGGAACCUGCCAGACUCGCCAGCCUCCAAGCAGCCGUCCUUGGCGGGCCCUUCAGAUGAAAACCAGGACCAGCCGCUGCAGCGCCCACCUGUUUCCUAUAAGCCGUCGGUGAACGGCGCAGCCACUGCAGGCCAGAGCACGGCUUCGACGACCACCUCUCGCGUUCCGCCCUCUCGGGCCUCCCGAUCCUCCGGCUCUCGCCACAGCUCCGUCGACGAAAUGAAUUACAGCUCUCGCUCCUCCUAUGACGAAGAUCGCUAUGUCGACUCGACUGACGAUCACACUCUCCGCGCCUCGGAUGGCGAUUUCUUCGACCAGCGAAGUCCUCCGACGUCCAGACACGGCACAAACGGUGACGACACGGGCGAUGUAUUCAUGAAAAUUGCGUCUGAGGAGGCAGCGCGCCAUUCAGCAGCCGACAAUGCCAACGACCCAAACUCUUCUUCGCAGUUCAGAGUCAAUCGCACCAGCAGUCGGCGCCCGCUUUCCCAAAAUGUCUCCUCUUAUUACCCGAUGUCUCCUCCCUCUUCAAUCAACCGCAGGCUCUCGGACCAGCAGGAUCGAGAGCGUAGCCGCUCAGUUCGAUACGAAGAUGAACUGACGAGCGAGAUCGCGCGAAGCAGCGCCUACCGCAGCCAGCUCAGAGACAAGGCCAUAUCCUCUCGCGCCGCCGAAGACACGCCUUCAAGAUCCACCAGCUCGGGAUUACGGCCUUCGCCCAUGACGCCCCGGUCCACAGGCCUCCAUGACCAGGCCGUAGACAGCGUUCUGUACGGCCGAAGAAAGUCAACCGUGGUUGACGCCCCGGCUUCUAGCUCGGCACGCUCAUCGGCGCACAAGGCGACUGUACUCGUUCAGAACCACACCAAGGCUUACAACCCAUCGCCUCUGAAUCGGUCAUUUGAGAUGCAAGAGGAGGACGAUGGCGCCGACGCUGGCAAUCUGGCGGAAGGAACCGAGUCGACUACGUCCACUAAUGCGCCGUCCACUGUUUGGGACGAACUGGACGAGCUGAAAUCGAGAAUCCACCGCCUGGAGCUGACAGGAAAGCUGCCGCCCACCUCGGCUGCCGCAGUGAUCAAAGCCUCGGAAGAGAGGCCGCCGACGGCGACGACGACCGUCACGACCAUGUCGCUUUCCCCCCGGAAAUCGGCGGCCGGACAGCAGACAGAUGCUGGUAGCAGCACCACGUCGUCACAGCGAGAGGCACACACGAACCUGCACUCGGCUCUCAGCAAGAUAAAGCAGAUACUCAGCCCGGAGGUCUAUCGCGCGCUCGAGACCGCGGCGAACGAUGCCCUUGCGCUGUCAUCCAUGAUGGGCUCCGCCAGCGUUGUCGGAGGUGGUGGUUCCGGCAUUACAGAUCGUCAGCUCCGCCGGAGAACAGACAGUGUCUGCCGCAGCUUGACGGAGCUUUGCAUCGCCCUUGGCGAGGGCGGCACCUCUCGCCCCACGACGGGUAUCCCGCAGGUUGUGACCACGCAGCUCAGCCCGAACCCGAACUCCCACUCCCAGCUGGAACCCCCGCGAACCCCGACCAUGCUCAACACCAAAACUUACUCGGUUUCCCGCCGCUCGAGUGUCGUGCCUGAGCAGGCCACGCAAGUCAUCAGCAGUCCCAGAGCCACAUCCAAGUAUGAGGAGCGAAGGAACAUGAUCUUGAGCGGGAGCAACAUUCUGACUAGUCCCCGGGCCUCGGCCUCCACUCCAACCACUCCCAACGAGUCCAUAUCCCGCAGAGCGUCGCUUAUUGUGUCACGCGCUCGCCGCGCCGUGACCGAAGAGGCAGAAGAUGGCCGACGAUCAUCCGCACUAUUGCGCCGACGGGCAGCGGGCGAUGAAUCUGACGAAGGCGGCCGGCGGACUUCGUUCCUUGAAGACGAGGGAGCCAGAUUCCGUGCUCCAUCCCGGGCCAUCACCGAAGUAAAUGGUGGCUCUAGGGGUGCGACGAGGGAAUAUCUUAAUGCCUCGGACGCCGCAACCCCGAUGCCCGAAGGAGGCACCACGCCACAACCUCCUUCAGCCCUUAGCCGACGACGAUUCCUGCAGCCUUCUCGCCUGACCGUCCCGUCUACAUCUACUACGCCCUCCACUAGGAAAUUCCUGGAGAGACCCGCGGCUGAUGGGGGUGAGAGUGGACCCGAGCGACCCAGCGAAAACCGCCUUUCACGACAUCUAUCGGUCCAGCAUGCCUCAAACCAUUCUUCCGCCUAUCACUCACUGCAGAAUCGAACCAGCAGCCUGCAGUUUCGUCGGACCAGCACAGUCCCAGCCGCCUCUACAACAGCCACGAAUGGCUUGAGAUGA